AUGACGAGCGAGGUGGUGGAGAACGAGUUUGAGUUUUACUCCAAGGCAGAGAAGUACUGGAAGGAUGUGCCCGCCACGGUGGACGGCAUGCUGGGGGGCUACGGCCACAUCUCCAGCAUCGACAUCAACAGCUCCAGGAAGUUCCUGCAGAGGUUUCUGCGGGAUGGUCCCAACCGGACGGGGACCACCCGUGCUCUGGACUGCGGGGCGGGCAUGGCAAAGGUGGGGGGCUGGAUGAAAUUGGAUAGCACCCGUGGGACACAAGUUGGACACCCCCAAGCUAAAGCUUUCACCUGCAAAUGGCUGCCUGGUGGAGAAGGGAUCCCAACCGCAGCCUCCGUUCCCUCCCCUGGUCACCCCCUGUCCCCUAACCCCUGCUCUGCCCCUCCAGGACACCUCACUGACAACCACCUCUCCGACUUCCUGAAGCGGUGCCGCGCCGGCCUGCGGCCCAACGGCAUCGUGGUCAUCAAGGACAACAUGGCUCAGGAGGGCGUGAUCAUGGACGAUGUGGACAGCAGCGUCUGCCGGGACCUGGCCGCGGUGCGCAGGAUCAUCCGCCGAGCCGGGCUGCACCUGCUGGCCGAGGAGCGCCAGGAGAACUUCCCCGACGAGAUCUACCACGUCUACGCACUCGCCAUG